AUGGCAUACACAAGUCAUGAUGCAGUGAAAGUUGUGCUUAUCAAUACCCAGUACGUGGAAACAGACACCACCAGCUUCAAAUCUGUAGUUCAGAGCCUUACUGGUAAGGAUUCGUGUGUUGAAUGGAUAGAAAAAAGUUCGUAUGCUGCUGGAAAGAGAAAGAGACCCGUUGCGGUGAAUGGUGGCAUUGAGAGGUCAGGCCACUUCGGAAAUGGUGGUUGUGGAAGUAGUAGUGCAGUUCCGAUGUUGUCGAAGGGCAUGUCGUUUAAAGAAUUGGAUAGUUUGAUGUCGGAGGUGCCUCCAAUGGAGGAAUUUCACUGGCUAUGGGCUCAGUAG